CUGGGGGACCCUUCUAUCAUCAGGUGACCCGACUCAGUGAGGUCCUGUUGUCACUGGGUGUGUGACAGGACUGGGUGGGGCUCUGCUGUCACCAGAGUCCUCCUGUCACCGGGUGUGACACCGUGGGUGGGACCUUUCUGUCCCGGGCUGACUGGCCCAGAGAGGUCCUGCUGUCACAGCGCCCUGGCAGGACUGGAGGGCACCCUCCUGUAACCUUCUGAGUUGUCCACCCUGAAAUCCACCCAGAGCCUCCAUUAUCCCUCGGUUGUUCCUCCGUAUUUCUCCUCCCUGAAUUUAAAUCCUAAAGCACCUUUUCUCUAAUCUGAAGUCGGCUCCAAGCACCCGCACUGAAUUCCAGGAGCAUAUCCCACAUCCUGGAGGCUUUAUUCCAUCACUUAAAAUAACCUUAAAGUCACUCAGAUCCUCGUUCCUGAGGGGAGCCCUCAGCUGAUUUUGGGAAGGGCUGGCUCCAGGAUGUGCCCCCAGCCAAGGGGACGCUGUGAGGGGCAGCAGGUCCGUCCCAGCACGUCACUGGUGGUGCCAGGGAGGAGCCAGGCCCCGAUGGCACCACAUCUGUCACUCCUUUCCUGGUUGGGAGCGAUCCCGUCUGCGCGACGCCGCGGCGGCCGACCUUUGGCAGCUGCCGGAACAAAUCCACCUGGAUUUGCCCGUGCUGUGAUUCCCCGGGUCCCCCGGGCCAGGGCGGCUCCCACACAGGCAUUUUGGGGUGUCAGGAGCCCCUCGGGGCGCAGCUGGGCUCAAAUCAAACAGGCUCCAGGUGAAUCUGGGGAUUUGUCCUGCCUGGACACGCUUCUCAAAAUAUUUUGUUUGCUUCGGGCCAAUCUGUUACAGUUUUCAGGAAUGGAAAACACAUUCCGAAGGGAAAGCUGGUGAUCAGCUGAGGUUCAAACUGGUGGCAAUCCAAAUCAGUGACCCUGUGGGCAUGAGAUCGCUCUGGAGAGGAUGUAGGAGCCACAGAUGUGGGAGCUGCACCUGCCCUGGGGUGAAGCUGCCAUCCCCUCUAUCCCUGCUUAUUUUAUUAAAAAUUAAAAUCCAUCAGUUAAUUCCUUUUUUCUACAUAUUGGUGAUGGUGAAUGCAAGUCCAAAAGGGAAAGCAACUAUUCCAGGAAGGAUCCAGGCAGAAAAGAGGAUGGAUUUGUAAUUAAUGAUUGUGGUGAUGGCAGCUUUACCCUUCUCUGUACCAGUGCUCAGGAAGUGUUUGGAUAAUUUAGAAUCAAGGAAAAAACUCCUAAGGCUGCAGCCCAUGGCAACCCCUUGGUAAAGGGCUGGGUGUGAAACAUGCAAAAAUCCCAUUUUUUUGACCCUUCUUUUGCCACUUAUCCAGCAAUUUCUGCAUCUGCAUCCCGCCUUUCACCAUCCUUGGGUGUGGAGCUCUGGAAUCCCCCUGGGUUUGCAUCUUUUCCAGGGAGCCUUUGCUAAUUCCCACAUGUUAAUCCCAACUGUUAAUCCCUAAUCAGCCAGAGGAAUUAAUAACUUCUUCGUUCUUUUCCAGGUCGACACACAAUGAAAUGGAAAAGAACAGGCGCGCCCAGCUCCGGCUGUGCCUGGAGAGGCUGAAGGGGCUGGUGCCACUGGGGGCAUCGGCUGGGAGGCACACAACGCUCAGCCUCCUCACCAGGGCCAGGCUCCACAUCCAGAAGCUGGAGGACCAGGAGCGCCGGGCCCUGCACCAGAUCGAGCAGCUGCAGCGGGAGCAGCGGCACCUCCAGCGGCAGCUGGAGAAGCUGGGAAUGGAGCGGGUCAGGAUAGACAGCAUCGGCUCCAGCCUCUCCUCCGAGCGCUCCGACUCGGAUCAAGGUGAGAGCCCGCGCUGGGGGACGGCCGGCGAGAGGCCUGGCCGUGCUGGAGCUCCAACCAUUCCCAUUCCUCCGGCAGAAGAGAUGGAUGUGGAUGUGGAGAGCACAGACGACCUCCCGGCUGACCUGGACUGGAGCAGCAGCAGCCCCAGCGACUCGGACGAGCGCGGGAGCCUCCAGAGCCUGGGCAGCGAUGAGGGAUAUUCCAGCUCCGGCGGGACCAGGGCGAAGCUGGCCAGCAGCCGGAAGCUUCCUGCCGGCAUUUAGGAAGCGCCUCCCGUGGCCGUGGCAGCGCCGCCGUCCCCUUGGGCUCCCGUUAGCCAGCACGCCGACCCUGCCAGCGUUUCCUGCACGGAAAGACCCGAGCGUCCCAGCUCCAGCUGCUCCCGGGGCCCCGUGCUGUCGCUGGCCUCUCACCCCGGCCGAACCUCCUCUGCCAGGCCCUACAUUCCAGCCACGCCUCAAGCGCCCGGGAAUAUCCUGGCAAUAACAGCCGCCUCACGAGCCUUCCCUGGGUUCUUUCCCAGGCUGUCACUGCCCGGUAUUCCCGAUCUUCUCUACUUUUGGGUGGUGACACCACGUUCCUGAUCCUCAGGACCCAAAAAGCUGAGUUUCUGGGAGGAGAUCCGAAGAGAGAACCGGUCCUUUGUGGAGUUUCCAUCCAUGACAGAGCGGAGCCAGGCUGGGAACACGGAGCAUUUCGGGCACAGGGAUCAGCCUCAGUCGGGGGUUCCUUCCCCCGACUCUAAAUAUUCAGGGACACCCCAUCCCAGCCCCCCCAGAGCAUUCCUGGCGUGGGGAACAGCACUCCGGGGGCUCAGAGCCAUCCUCCCCCCUUGGAUUGGCCGCCUCCGGGCUCCCUGAACCCAAAGGGGACGUCCCACCUGCCGUGGCACGGCAUUCCAGACUCCUGGAAUUCCCUUUCCACGCUUCUAGUCUCGGGGACAAUUUUUUCUACCUCGGAGGGAGCCCACAGACUCUCUCCACCCCUUCAGCACAAAGAUGAUGCCUCUGCUCAGCAAUAACCCCACGGGCCUCCCCGGAUAGUGUCCCUCCAUCCAGGAUGUUUCCAGGCUCGUGGAGGAUUCCAGAAGCCACCACAGGGAGGGCAGCCCCAGGGGCAGGGGGUUCCGAGCCAGAGCACACGUGAGCUGUCCGUGGUGUGGAUUCAUUUCCCAGUGCACUGGAGGGAGCAUUCCCAUCACUUCCUGCUUUUAGGGGUGCUCUGGGAAUGUUGACAUGUAGAUCGCUCCGCUUCCAACACCUUCCUUUUCCCCUCGAGCUGCCCCAAGGGCUUUUCCAGCCCCAUGGAGCUGGCCAGGCCCUGGUGAGGAAUCAGCAAGGAGCUCUCCAGGGCUGUUCCCGGUGCUGGGAUACAAACCUUGACCCUCUGCUGGUCCCUUUCAGGAAACGCUGAAAGGCAUCGGGAUGAUCCACGGAGUGCAAGGGGAUGCGCAGCAGGAGACUCCAGUGCUUUUUCCUUGCCUUUGUCUUUUCACCUCUUCCUUCCUUUUUUCUUUCCCCUUUUUCCCUUUUCCU